AUAAAUUGUUAAUGAUUUCUUCAUCUAGAAAGCUCUUUGGCAAUAUUGUAUUGGGAAAAUCACUUGUAUCUACUCCAGUUUUCUUUGCAGGAAAAGAAUUGAGUUUUGGAUAAGAAUGCAGACAAUAAAUGUUACGUGGUUGUGACAAAUUAGCUGAUGCAGUUCAAACAACUCUUGGACCAAAAGGAAGAAAUGUUGUUAUUGAUUAACAAUUUGGUGGUCCAAAAAUUACUAAGGAUGGAGUUACAGUAGCAAAGGCAAUUGAAUUCUCUAACAGAUUCGAAAAUAUUGGAGCUUAAUUAGUAAAGUCAGUGGCAUCUAAAGCUAAUGAUGAAGCUGGUGAUGGCACAACAACAGCCACAGUUUUGGCUAGAGCUAUCUUCAAAGAGGGAGUCAAGAGUGUCGCAGCUGGACUUAAUGUAAUAAUUUAUAUAUAUAUCCUUUUUAGCCUAUGGACUUAAGAAGAGGUAUCAAUUUGGCAUGUGAUGCAGUCGUUAAGGAUUUGAAAAAUAGAUCAAAACCAGUUAAAUCAAAGGAAAUGAUUGAAAGUGUAGCUACAAUCUCUGCUAAUGGAGAUGUUGAAAUUGGAAAAUUGAUUGCAGAACUUAUGGAUAAAGUAGGAGAACAUGGAACCAUUACAGUAUCUGAUGGUAAAACUCUUAAUCAUGAAAUUGAAUUUGUCGAGGGUAUGAAAUUCGACAGAGGAUACAUCAGUCCUUAUUUCGCUACAGAUCCAAAGACUUAAAAGACAGAAUUCGAAAAACCAUAUGUUUUGAUCACUGAUAAAAAGAUCUCAAAUAUUUAAUCAAUUCUCUAAAUUUUGGAACAUGUUGUAAGAGAAAAUAAACCACUUUUACUUAUUGCUGAUGAUGUUGAAUCAGAAGCUUUAGCUUAAUUGGUUUUAAAUAAAUUAAGAGGAGGUCUUAAAGUAUGUGCUGUCAAAGCCCCUGCUUUUGGAGUAUUAAUUUAUUUCAUUAUUUUAGGAUAACAGAAAAGCAAUCUUAAAUGAUAUUGCUGUUUUAACUGGAGCAACAGUAGUCACAGAAGAUGUUGGAUUGACAUUGGAAAAGUCAGAUCACACUGUUCUUGGAUAAUGCAAAUCAGUUAUUAUCACCAAAGAUGAUACUAUUAUUAUGGAUGGUAUUGGAUCAAAAGAUAGUAUCAGUGAAAGAUGUGAAAUCAUCAAGGCUUAAAUCACAGAAUCAAAUUCUGAAUAUGAUAAAGAUAAACUCAAAGAAAGAUUGGCUAAAUUAUAAGGUGGAGUUGGAGUCAUCAAAGUUGGUGGUGCUUCAGAAGUUGAAGUUGGAGAAAUUAAAGACAGAAUCACAGAUGCACUUAAUGCAACUAGAGCUGCUAUUGAUGAGGGCAUUGUUGUAGGUAUAAAUAUUAAAUAAAUAUUAAGGUGGUGGAUGUGCUUUAUUGUAUGCAACAAGAGUUUUAGAUAAACUUAAGGGAGAUAAUUUUGAUUAAAACAUUGGAAUUCAAAUUGUUAAAAAGGCUAUUGAAUUACCAUGCAGAACUAUUGUUGAAAAUGCUGGUGAAGAAGGAGCUGUUGUUGUUGGAAAAUUGUUAGAAGGAAAAGAUGAAGAAUUCGGAUAUGAUGCUUCAAAAUCAUAAUAUGUCAAUAUGAUUAAGGCUGGUAUCAUUGAUCCAACAAAAGUUGUAAGAACUGCACUUGUUGAUGCUGCCUCAGUAGCCAGUUUAAUGACAACAACAGAGUAAAAUUAUAAUUCUAUUUUAGAUGUAUGAUUGUUGAAGGAAAAAAGGAUGAAAAAGCAGGAGGAGCCCCAAAUAUGGGAGGCAUGGGAGGAAUGGAAGGAAUGUAUUGAUAUAGUGAUUAUUGUUCAUUUAGUAUAAUAUUAAAUAUAUAAUUAAAUG